AAGGAUAAAUUAUCUUUUAACGCUUCUCUAGUAACAUGUCCGUUAAAACGUCUCAAGUUUACUACUUUCUUCCUUAUAAUGUACUUCGAGUGCUAUCUCGUACUCGUUUGUUCCGCAAACACAUUUAUUCAAAAAAGUGUCAUUAUCGCAUCCUGUGUAUGCAUACUACCGCGCGAAUUUUUUCUUAUGCACGCUGGAAGAAAUUACAUUGGCUAGUUGGAUAUGAACAAGUCUCGUUGUUCGCAAUAAAUUAUUCAUUUUAUGGACGAAGCUAAAUAUCUUGAAAAUAUAGCAUCAGUUAGAAUACUUUGAAUUUGAUAUUUUGAAUUCAAACAAUCAAUUUUUUCUCUCUUGUCAUAAACCGAACGAUAAAAUCAUUAUUUUCAUUAGGUCAACGACACUCAUUCUUAUCGUGAUCUUCUGGAUUAUAGAACAGGAAAUGCGCUAUCAUUUCCUUUAUUUGCGCUACUCAUCGAUAACAUAGUUACUCAGGUAUAAAUACACUUUUAUAAAAUUUUAAUUUAUCUUUAUUCUCUAGAAAAAAUAAUUUUUAUUAUUACUUAUAGUUAAUUGCAUUAAUAAUUAGAUCUUUUUCGAGAUAGUCGGUCCAUUUUUUUUGUCCUACUAUUUAGUACUGUUAUUUACUGGUACCUACCUACCCCUCCCCUUUCCGAGGCAAUCAUCGUGAGUCACUUUAAUAGGUCAGACAAUUAUAAAAUCUUUCACGCUCGUGUCCACGUAUGUUCGCGAUUUAUAAAAUCUCUUCCGGUCGUGAAGAUUUCCAUUCAAGGGAGAAUACCGCUACCAGUCUACUUAAACAUAAUCGUUCCCGAAAGGGAUAACAUCAAAGGGUGGCGUCAAAAUACGAAUUAGUCCGCAUAAGAAAGAGAGAGAUCUCUAAUACUUGAAUCUUUAAUUAUAUUGUAGAUCUUUUAUUAUCAGAUAAUAUUUAUUAAAUGAUGUAGAUGUACAGUGUCGUUUAUAACUUUCACUUUCGCAAAAAAAAUAGCGUUGCUUUUAUAACGAACACAUGUACAUUUUGCGGAGAAAUUUCAUUUAUAAUAUGAUGAUUACAAGCAAACCAAAGUAGGUAGGUAAAGCCGAUGCGGACUUUCUAAACGCCCUGUAUACAAGCGAUUUCCCGAUGGUAGGGGUACCACCGGUCUCACUCUUUCUCUCUCUUUUUCUCAUUCGCUCUCUUUUUCUUUCUCUCUUGCUAAGCCCAUCCGUGUGUGCCCGAGAGACGUACAAUGGCCGCCGUGAGCCAACGUGCUGCGCGUCUCGAGUAUUAAUCGUCCUCAAUUUUCCCGUCUUAAUUUGCCGGCUGAGAGACGCCCACAAAAAAAAAAAAAAUGCACGCUCCGCCGCGGUGGUACCAUUCGGCGCGAGUCCGUUCGACAGCGUGCUCCGAUGAACGUCCGCGUCGUCCUGACGUAUCGUCAUUGCGUACGCUCUUUGACGAAAACACAGUGGCCGUCGACACGCGACCGAUUGCAUACGGACGCAUUACAUCGUUGGAACGCGGUUGCUAAAUCUUCGCCAAGACUUCGAUGACAAUUGAGGCGAACGUUGCGAACGUCAAUAUUGUGCUUCUGUUAAUAUUCAUAGUGCGCAUCCUGAAAUAGAAGUGUCAUUCGUUAGAUCAGUGCAUUCAUGUCCCCUGGUGUUAUUAUGUAUCUUGUAUAUAUCGCUCGCUUAAAGAAGACAACAAAUUAGAAAAUAUAUACCAGUGCUAUGGCGUAUAUUCCGUACUCGAUGUUUAAGAAUCGGCUAUUCUGAUGUAUUUAUGAUUCGACUGUCUCAAAGAAGAGGCAAUGGCAACGAAAGUAGAGGAGACUCCCUCGCCUCCAACGGGGUCUCCUUGGUACGGCAAGCUUUUCGAGUGUUGGUGGAAUCGGAGUCGAGUUAGUCCCGGAAGAAUCGAGCUGCCCGAUUGCGACUUCUUCAUCGUGGCACCGCGACGUACCUUGCGUAUUCUCAAGCCGUCCCUGAAGAGCGGCUGGUAUUACGAGAGCACGGCGAUCGACCGGCCGGAAUCAGUCAACGAUAAUUUCUUCGCCCGAUGGACCAAGAGGCCGCAUCCGUCCGGUAACUGCAGAUGCUCCUUCCGCCAGUCCACCGGCGCGUUGAGCACGACCGAGGAGCGAAUUAUAUCCGCGGAACUGAAUCGUAUCCGAACGAGCCUCUGCGAGGGCGAGAAAAACGCGCGCGACAUUGAGGAACUGGAGCAAAAAGUUUCGGUGAAUCUACAAAAAUUGCGGGAUAACGCGGUCGCUGAUCGCAUAAAUGAGGCGAACGAGACGGCGGUGCCUCCGACACUAACGGAUCGCCAGACGUUCGAACAAAAUGCAAAACAACAAAUUGUUAAAGAUUUAGAAAGGUAUAUCAAUACGCUUCUAGAAGAAGUACUCGAUGACACUGUUAAACAUGUAACUGGCAAAGAAAAAAAUGGUGCUCAACACUCUUGGCAACAAACAAAAAAUAAUUUGAAAUCUGAGUCUGAUAAGCCCAAAGAUAAAAUUUCGAGAAAGAGAGACAAAGAUGAGUCUUUUUUUAUCGAUAUUAAUUCCCGCCUUCCAAUAGACAAGACGCAAGAGCAAUGGAGCGUAAAAAAUGAAUGUAAGAAGCAAUUUGCUAGAGUUUCGGCAGGCGAGGGUUAUGUGAAUCCCGCUUUUGUCGGUUCGACAGACGAAUUAGUUUCUUUAGACUUUGAUCAUUCCGCAAGAAAACGCGCUGACUUGUAUUUUGGAAUACAAGGAAAUACCGAGAGCAUCGCUCCAGAAAAAUUAGACUGCGUGGAUUCCGGAAUAAACAGCGUGGAAACGAUCGAAUUUCAAUUACUUGAUCAAGAGCCCAGUUUUGAGCAGUCUCUUUUACAAAUCAUCGAUGAAAAAUUAGGAAGAAGUUCUCUGACGAAUAAUUCGGAGGAGGAUAACCCUGAGAAAAAUUUGCGAAAAGCGAUUUCUGAGAUCAAUUCUCAAGAGACUAUACAAACUUCGUCCAGCCUUGAAAUAUUACCAACUAGUAAUUCCGAUAAAGUGGAGCAUCAGGAGGAUGCCAUUAACACAGAAACUAAUUUCGAGAAACUACGCUUGGAAUUUCAAAGUAACGGCACGCCUCUGAACCACGGAACUCGAUCGAAAUUCGAUACGAAAUUAAUGGAGACCGCUCCUAUCGAACUCAAGGAUUAUAAGAAAGAAUGGACGGAGUUCGAUGGUAUUUCUUCACAAGAAAGUAUUCGUCGAAGUCUUCGCGAUUCAAUAACGUUUCGAAGGAACAGAAAACCAACUAUAGUCUUUCUACAUGGCUUUGGUUCCUCGGCAGAGAUCUUUGAACAUCAACUUCAAUAUUUCUCUUCUCUUGGUUAUCCUUGCAUCGCUCCCGAUAUGCUUGGACACGGUAUGAGUUCAGCGCCUGGACGAUCUAGAGAUUAUCAUUUUAGCAAAUUACUCAAGGAUUUAGACGCUGUUUUACAUCAUUACGCUUUCAAAUCCGGCGAAAAGUGUGUUUUGGUGGCACAUAAUUAUGGAUGUAGCUUUGCUACGGCAUUAGCUUGUAAAUAUGAUAGCAAUAUUCACCAGCUAGUGCUAAUAUCGGGAGGAGGUCCGACUCCUCUGGCCCCGCCGAGUACGGAAUGCGCGGGGCACUGCUGUCUCAGGGCAAUUCUCGCACCUUUUUUAAUGUGCGGUCUUCAUCGAGAUAUUUUAUAUUCCGCGCGAGGCCGUCAGCAUCCUUAUUGCGGUCACGAAUCGACGGAACAGUGGCCUUCCCACAUGAAAUACGUAUUGGACGGCAUGAUCUGGCCUCAAGGUGACUAUGCUUUUCACAGAAAGAUAUGCACACCGACGCUUCUAGUGCACGGACUAAGGGACAAUAAAGUUUCGCUGGUACAGGAGUGUCAAAUGGAAAGGACAAUGAUGAAAGCUUUCCUUGAAGCUAUUCCAAUGGCUGGUCAUAGCCCAAUGACUGAGUGCCCUCAGCAAUUAAAUCAUAUGAUACAUUGUUUUAUAGAUUUGUGGAAAAACAAAAAAUGGCAGUGAUAUUAUAUGAUAAUUUCAAUUUAGAAAUAAUCACCUAAAAAUCUAUAUGAUAUUGAAAUUGUGUCGACUGAGUCGAUUAACAGAUUUUAUCAAAUAUUUAAAUAUAAUAUAAAAAAGUUUGCGUAUAUUAAGUGGAAGGAAUUCAGCAAUAUUAUGAGAUUCAAGAAGAUUCAAUUCAAUCAGAAAGAUAAAUGAUAUAAUUUGAGUGGCCUCGUAAAUGUGCCAAAAUUUGUGUUAAUAAAAUAAUAUGAAAUGACUUAUUCGCCCCGAUCACUUGAAGUAACUUGGAAAUUUUGUCUUUAUAAUUAUCAAUAUAUAUUUUAUUUCAUUUUAAAUCUGAAUUUUUAAUAUACCUGAGAGAAUUGUUAUUGCUAUAAAUAUCAUAAAUGAAAUGUAUAUGCAAAAUCUUAUUUAAACUAAAUAAUUUUUACUCGAAACUUAUUUCAUUGUCGUGCCAGAUAAAAAGAAGAGUUAUAUUCAAAGUGAUCUAGCAAAUAUCGUGAACAGAGGCUAUGGAAUAGCAUAUACACCAAAGAUCAUUUAUAUAUAUCGUUAUUUCAUAGAUAGUAUUUUUUAAUAUAAGUUAUUCGUUUUUACAAAUAAAAUUGUAUACAGCUGAUUA